GUGCAGCCUAGACCUACUCGGCCGGCUUUGGCAGGUUUGGUAAAUUUUGGGUUAACACUUGGUAAGUAUAACGUCACAAGUGAAAUGAAAGGCAGGAUGCCUCAGAUCGCUAGGUCCCAGUCUUCUCAUGUGAAAAAGCGAUGAAUAUUAAAAAUAGAUGGGCUAGAUCUAGGCUGAUGAGAGUGUAUUAAAUUCCACACCGGACAAGCUGAAAAUUGCUUGACCGCGGUGGGAAUCUCACGAUCAUUAGACGUAAACUUUUAAAAUCUUGAAGCAAUGCGCUUAAUUGGUUGUUUCAACCUGUGCACAAAUACCAAUGAAAUUUUGCGAUAGCAUUGUACUUUGUUAAUGUAUGCCAUUUUGUUGGAGUACGACUGCAGUGUCUACUGCAGAUAUAGAUUGAUGUAUCGUUUAAAACGGUUGUUGGUGAAUGUUUAGUUUAUAGAAAGAAAACGUAAGCGAGAAGCUGAAGAGAGAAAGAAAUAUCCUUUAGAAAGGAGGAUAAAGGAAGCAAUAAUUGGUCAAGAGGGCGCUAUUACAAUCGUGUCAUCAGGUGUGUUAAGCAUUGUGCCAAAAUGACCGUAACUGGGAUACAUGCAUUGGGAACAUUUAAAAAUGUUUAAAAGCCUACACCUUGUUCAGGAUCAAGCCCUUUCUUUAAUAGCAAUAUUAUAGAAAGCUGCGGAUUGAGAGGGAUUCAACUACCUGAAAAAAUGAAAAAAAAUGAAAAAAUGAAAAAAAACAUUUCCUGAAAAAAUGAAACUACCUGAAAAAUGAAACUACCUGAAAAAAAUGAAAGUAUGAAACUACCUGAAAAAAUGAAACUACCUGAAAAAAAUGAAAGUAUGAAACUACCUGAAAAAAUGAAACUACCUGAAAAAAUGAAACUACCUGAAAAAAUGAAAUUCCUGAAAAAAAGAAAUUCCUGAAAAAAUGAAACUACCUGAAAAAAUGAAAUUUCCGACGUUUCGAGCGAAGGCCCUUCGUCGGGAAGUUAAGUCACAAACGAAGAGCCUUUGCUCGAAAUGUCGCAGUUUUACUUGUAUUUUUGAGAUGUUGUUACCUACCUAUGAUAUACCCUAGCACAAGGCAGUUCACAUAUUGUAAUGCUAUAUAAUCAGUCACAAUUCAGUGGUUGGAAUGUUUCAUGAUUGUCAUUUCAUUGUUUUGAAAAUCCUACUGUUCUCCAUACCAUCCAGUCACUCGAUCUUUUCACAUAUUUGCGAUGUUAUGCAAAGGGACCAUCUACCACCUCACCACCUUUUGGUAGUCUACAUCGAUUGUUCAUUCUGCCUUGGAACACUGCUGUGCCGUUUGCCAUUUGACGUCAACAAUAUAGUAUCCUCCAAUGUCUAUCAGAUUUGGUCGAGCACAUAUACCGAAUACUCCAUAUAUCCUCAGGCCUGACUGAGGCUACGUCCACACCAAUCCGUUUUCGAAGAGUUUUCAUAUUAUUCUCUGUUCACAAGGGAAUAGAGAACAAUUGUGCAAUUACCUGAAACAAUACGAAAACGGAUUAGCGUAGCCUGAAUGCCACUUUCCCAAAAAAGAGAUGAUCUGUACAUGAAAACGAUUAAGAAAAUCGAGGAAGUUGUUUCUCGACGGUUGUUUAUUUCUCUUUACUUUUCCUCUUGAAUUAUUAAUGAGUUUUUAAUUGUUUAUAUCAAUCUUAGUAGAAGAAAUAAUCCAUUACUCCGUGUUGUCUUCUAAAGAUAUUGCUAGUUGUUUAUAUAAUUAUGUAAUAUUCUGUUGUACUAUAUAGCAAUCCGAAGACGUGAAAAUGGCUGGUAUGAUGAAGAUCAUCCACUCGUAUUCCUUUUCCUUGGUUCCUCUGGAAUAGGUACUGCAUAUUGGCUUAAAUUGUGCUUGACAGGACUUGCUUGAUAGGGCGUGCAUAAUUGUAGUUCAGUCAGCCAUGUUUUCCCACCUAACAGCUUUUGUUUUCUGUGUAGGAAAAACUGAACUUGCGAAACAAGUGGCGAAAUAUCUUCACAAGGACAAUAAGGAGGUAGGUGGAGCACUUCAUCAUGUUACUAGGUAAGUCAUCUGCAUGUGUAAUAUUAAGGAACUGAGUAUCAAAUAAUGCUGAAAACUCGCUGUAUGUAGGGUUAGAGUCGUUGUAGAUUAUGUCAGGGCUAGAGUAUAACUGUAUGAGUAUUGUCUAAAGUGCUAACAGAAAUUUUAAAACUUUUCCGGAGUUAGUUUCAUGGUUGAAGAAUUGGGAAAUGUUUUAAAAAGGAACAUAAUUUGUCGUAGCAUAUAUUGGAAACACGUAAAGGCCUGUUUACACUUUCGCGAUUUCUAUAGGUACGUUUACGUUUCUUCUUCUGAUCGAUAUUAACGAGUGGAUGAAUUAUGAAUGUUCAGAUGAACAUGUACUCAGAAUAUAACUCGCAAGACAGUCUAAACGGGCUUUAAAAUAGCGUAUCGUACAAGGCUCGUAAAAAUGGACAACCUAGGUGCAGAUGUUUUCUUCUCUUUUAUCGACUACGCAGUUUCGUUACUUUCAUUUUAUACUGAACUACAUAUAUCAUAAGCUGAAAAAUUAUUUUAUUUAUUCGCCUUAGUUGAACAAACAAGUCACACAUGCAAAGUGGUCCCUGAAAUCAUUAUAUAUACAUGUUGUUGUAAGAAUUACUAUAAUUUUAUUAUAAUCAUGUAAGUUACUAUAUAGACAAGUUACUUAUUGUACCGAGUAGAUUACAGACAGCAUAGUUAUGAACUUGCUGUAGACGUUCAUAUUUAAUUAUUUAUUGUCACAUUUGUCAGUAGUACUAUCUACUGGCCACUUUUCUGUAUUAGCCAGCCUAUGUCGGAACUUAAUGUGCCUUACGAGAUCACAAAGUCGAUAAAAUGAGCCACGGCCACAAUGUUCACAUGUAUAGAUAGCAUUCUUCCUUGCAUGUGAUCUGAUGUGUUUCUUUAAGUUACUUGGAUCACCAAACGACUUCCAGCAUACAGUACAGCGGAGUGGCUUGUGACCAGUAUGCGUACGCAUGUGUAUUUUCAACACGUAUCGUCGACAGUAGGAUUUUCCACAAUAUUCGCAUACAAAACGAGAUCCGUUUUUUGUUUUAUCUUCAGUAUUGGUUAGAGAAGAACCAGAUGCGUUGCCGGGUUCUUUCGGGUUUUCGUUUUGUUCUUGAGGUUCAGGUUGUGGACUGCUGUUCUUGCUGGUAUCUGAGCCAAGUUCCUCGGCUUUCUUGUCUUCAUCCCUGACUCGGCUUUCUUCACUUUGUGAAUCACAGUUGAUUACUAACUUUUGGAUUAAGUCGUUUCUGGGCGUAUCUUUGCUUCGUUGUGAAAACUGAUCAGUACUGGUACUAUCUCCAUGAUUUUCAGAAUAUUGUUUAAGGUAGUCGUCUUUCAGGCUAAGUACAGUGCCUGCUACAUUCUUCCGUAAUCCUUCUCUCUGAUUACUUUCCUUUACUACCCAGGUUUCUUCUUGUAGAUUUGUGUUGGGUUCUUUACUUGUCAGUUGACGUUCUCCAGUCUGUGUUGAGUGUGGCGCCAGAUACGAUUCUCUGUACCCUCUAUACUCACGAGGCUUGGUCAGAGGCAGGUAGGGUGGCGGCCAAGAGCAAGUACAGCCGAGUGGACGCGUGAUAGCAAUUGGACGGCGGUACCAGCUGAUAUCAUCGUUUGAACGGAAUCCUGCUUUACUAUAUGCCAACUCCAGCCUUUUGCGAUUGUAAAUUUCCGGAUCGUAGCGAGACUUGUGCACACACUCUGUACAAUCCCAUUGUCUCGACCGUUUUGCUUCUAGGGCAUGCGCGUUGAUCGUAUUUGCAGAUUCAGUGUUGUCACUUCGAAGCAACCAGCUGUCUAUGUUAUCUUCUCUUGACCUGUAGCCUGGUAGUAGCGAUGUCUGCUGUUCCACAGGAGUUAUUUCUUGAGUAUUCUGUAGAAUUUUGUGUUUGUUGUCGGCAUCAACACUAUCGAGCUUCAGUCCCUUGUGAUUAUGCGGCUGUUCUUUCAUCAUGCUUUCAUCUAAAUAUAAAUUAUUAUAACUACGGUUAUCCUGCACAAAGUGGUAUAGCCAUUAUUCUUCCAGUUUAUUUUGAAAAUCAGAUUUAUCACAAAUUCACAGCACCACUCUAGACUAGAAUUGCGAUGGCUAGGUUAGGAUUACUGACUGACGAAACAACUCCGUAACUGUAACUGGGAAGAGAUUGCCAUAAUAGACAAUUUUCUGUUCAUAUUUUUGUCCCUGUUGCAUAAUUAUGAGAAUAUUGCUUUUGCAGUAACAGUGAAGCAUUAGCGAGCUUAAGCAAACGACGAUUUUGUCAACACGGACGUCUGAUUGCCAGGGGAGGGGGGGACUGGAUUAUAAACUGUGCCUUGUAUCAGUUUGUGGUAAUCUUCAACACAUAUGACAAAACAUAAGAUUUUUAAAGUUUUUUUCUUUCUUGAAUGCCCAAGCGCUAUAUGAUGCAAAAUGCCGCCAAAAUGAUAAUGAAGGCGUGUACGUACUGGACCUUUAUAGUGAAAAGUUCUCUCGAACUACUAUCAGAUACAAGAUCAAGUGAGUUUAUAUUAAGCUUUACGUACCUUUGAAAUUUUCUUGCUCAUUCUCUCGAUGUACUUCACCAAAUGUGUACAAAAACUCUUCUCCGAUUUCUAUCUCACGAGAAGUAUCGAACGAAAUCUCUCCAUUGUCGUUGAUGAAUGCUUUAAUGUUUGCUUUACUCUCAUCAUUUGAACUGCAGAUGUAUUUGAACCAGUUGAAUUGUGACCCGUAUUGGCAAAUUAGCUGUUCGUCUAUGUAUUCUACCUAUAUAGUGUUGAUAAAAAAUAUAUUGUAGAGACGAGAAAGCGUAUGCAUGCACCACUUUCCCUGGUAUCUAAAUUGAAUUGCAUGCAUUGCUUUCGUCGGAAUCAGGUGGCAAGGAGAAGAAGUUUCACGUAGCAGAACCAUGCUGGCAUCUUGUACGCUGUACUCCUGUUGUUCAUAGCUGGAUUAGCGCUAACCUGGGUUAAAAUUUAACCCGCUGUUUUGGUUCGUGUACAUUUGCACUUCUGUUUAUUUCAAAACUUUGAAAAAUAUAACUUCUAUUGAUGCAAGCAUGAAUUGUGGAACUACUUUUACGUUUCUAAACAGGCUAUUGGGAUGAUUUUCGUUAACCUGGGUUGAAGCUAACCAGCUUUUGAACAACCGGCCCCUGUCGUGCUAUAAUAUUGCAUGCCAGCCUAUAUAUAAUAAUAAGUUGUUUGAAGACGUACAGAAAAUGUCAGUUUCAUACAUGCGUGGUUUCAGAUUAUUACUUGAACAUUUUUAAGAGUCAAUGAAGAAAUUGUCUUUGUUUAAUUUAAAAUAUUUCGCGCUUAGUCUAAGACAUUAAGUGUACGUUAAGAGCAAUGCAAUUCAAACUUCUAUCAUAAAAUUAUAUUAUUUUCCACGAUCAAAAUAUGAGUGGAUGCCUUAUCACAAAUUGUGUAUUUAUUUGUCAUUUAUACAAUUAACAUUAUGGCAUAUUUAAUAUUGAACGUGUACGUAGCAGAAUUGUACAGUAUAAUGCAGGUAAUUGAUGCAUUUUCUAUAUUCAUUUUAUUUUCAAAUCAUAUCAUAUUACCAGUUGAAUCAAUCAUCUCCUUUCCGUUAUGUUGAUGCACAUACAUAGGCUUUAACUGUAUCGUUUAACGACGACAUAUCAAAGAUUUGUUCGUGAAUUUUUAAAAUGUUCUAAAUACUUUGAGUCUCUGUAGCUAUAUUUUUGUUUCAUGAUGAAUUUGUGUUUUUAUCACUUAUUUUUACCUCGACAAAACCGAUCUUCUGAUCUUCCAAACUCUUGCUGUUUUGAGAUUUUAUAAGACGCGGCGGUAGACUUCCAAAAACAACGCCCUUUGGAAUCUUCGAUGCUGCUCGCACACCAAUUUCGAAAAACAUGAUACUCUCAACAACAAUAUAGAUCUAACUACUCUGUUUCUUAGUCUUCUGUUUCAAGAUGGAUGCAGCCUCAGAACGUAGAUUUGCACUGCCACAGUUGUUCGCUUGUGUGCUCUGACUCGAAUGUUGUGCAGGGAUUUUGUUUUAAUGGCUUUUUGGUCAACAAUGCACCUGCCCGAAACAAGUCCUUUUGACUUAUUUAUAUAUGCGAUAACCUUGAUUAUGUUAUAUUCAGCUAAUUAUUCAUUAAUCGUAAGCACUAAAGAUUACGCGGUGCCAUGCUGUUUGAAUGCCUAUACUCCUUCUUUGAACAGCAUUGUUGAGCAAUUAUAUCAGUAAAAUGAGAAUGAAUACAGUUUUGACAUACCUCCAUUUGUUUUUACGCGAAGACUUGGUUCUCCGAGUGAGCUAUUUUAAAAGUCAACAUCUUCAUUUUAAAUAACAUUGAAUAAGAGGUGGCCAUUAUGAAUUCUUUGCGGUCAAACCUAGUAUAAUAAACUCAUUUUUUUUCUUAAUUGACACGUGUUUUUGAUGCAACCGCAUUUGUUUCUUUCGUUCUUGUCCAAGUAAAAUAGACAAUGAUUCGUCUCGCAUAUCGAAGGUCCUCGUAUAUGUUUCCAUCUUAACAAAGAGCAAUAUUGUGUGUACUUGUGUCAUGAUUUCAUAGUGAGAAUCACACGCGUUUAUGUUCGAAAUCGUUAAAAAUUAAUUGAGUCAUGGCUUGUAAUUACGUGCGACGGUUCAUCCAUGCUGUGUGAAUGCUUGACAUGGUCAGGCAUGUACAUAAAUCUUUUAGCAGCUUGUCAUUGUAAGGUCUUCCAAGCAGUGCAUAAUUGAUUUCCUCGGUCAAAGAUAAAAUGGAUUUGGCUUUUUCGCAUUUCGAAGUGCAAAACAUCAAAUCUUGUUUGUCCACAAAAGUGUCGACGCCGAUAAGCCCUGACGCCCUGAGAUUCAAAGAGAAUUAAAAAAUAGCGCUAAGAAAUUCACUCUUUAAUCAAACCUGAUAGCAGAAAAGCUCGUCAUACGUAAAUAAAUAAAUUGGGGAAUACUAUUAUGAACGUGUUUAUGAUUUUAUUGCGGCUAAUAUGAAGUUCUAAUAUACAACGAUAAUAAGGAUUUCUAAAUUUUUUUUUAAUAUACAGUAGUCAAUAUCGUGUAUUUUUCACAGGUACUAAUUCCAGUUAGCAAUACUAUACGUGUUAACAUUACCUCUAGUUAUUGCCCGUAUGCAUGUGCACCGCAAAUGACUAAGGUUUUGAAUUUCCUUAUGAUGGAGUUAACCGAUAUUCAUUGUUGAUCCGUCCUCAUGGCCAAGUUUUAAAAUGAGCUGUGGCAUAUGGAAUGAUGAAAGCUACCUUAGUCUUAGAAUAUCAUGACAAUAACUUCUUGUUCAGUCUGCACGCUUUGUGAUUGGCCGAGACAACUACCUGGAGUAAUCCAUUGCGGAUUUUCCCAGUAGGUGAAGAUAUCUAGCAUUUCACUAAAAUUUCUUCUGCAUGGCCAAUAAAAUAAAAACAAUUUGGUUUUUGGCGAAGAUCCAAAUUGUAGGAAAAGAAUGCGUUUUUCACUUUUGUCUCUGUGAGAUCACAUGUCGGGAUCGUCGAUUUAUUUGUCACUGAAUAGCCCCAAAGAGAAGAUUGUAAUGUAGUAUUCUGUUCACAGAAUUAACUUAAAGACAUGAAAGGAAACGUUUUGAAAGUGUAGUUGAAAUUGAAUUCAAAAAUUUUCAAAAAUUCAUUUGGGUUAUUUUGCUUUGGGCAUCAUGUUAAAGAUUAACUGGUUGUCGUUAAAAGGAAUGCUGACAUAAUUCUAAGGUGGUAAACUUAAGCCCAUCUUGUAUACCCUGAAAGUUUUCUUUUGUGAAACUUGGGUUAUGACAUCCAAACAUUGAAGAAUGUUAUAGCCAGAACUUUAAACUUGGUCUGGAAUUUUCUUCACCGAAUCGCGCUGAGCACAUUAUUUUAUACAGAAAAUUAAUUUUACGUGCAGUUUUCUAUAGCGGUCUUUGCCUUUCCAGUGCGCCUUCUUCGCUGCAAAUCAUAGGCGGCUUUGCGCUAGUAAGUAUAUAUAUAUAGGUCAUUUGCAGCUGCGCCUGCAGGCGGCAGAAUACAUUUUGCAUAACAAUAGAACAAGCGAACGCUUGUGACUUUCUCCUUGCACUCUAUAUUCGAUCCGAUUUCUCAAUUAUAUAACUAUUAUACCUAUAGCGGGAAAACCGGUCAAUCUUGCUUCGCUAAGGCAUGUUUACGUAGCUUUCUAUACCCCUUAGGGGAGAAACCAUGUUUAUUUCAACUGUCCAUACAUACAGCAGACAUAUCCUGUAUGCACUGUUCUAGUAAUGUUUAUUAUUAUAUUUUUAGGGUUUUAUCAGGUUAGAUAUGUCGGAAUUCCAAGAAAAGCACGAGGUAAGACGUGCAGGAUAUCAAUUCAUCACUCGGUAAAUAAUACAGUCAAGCCUCUCGUAAUGUGGUAUAAUGUGCAACAUAUAUAUCCUGGACCUAUACCAAAGCCAAGGUGAACUCAGCUACAAGAGGUGCAUGCAUGCCCUCGCCCGAGAGGCGUCCAUGUUGAGGUUCGGCAGCUACAACAAAAUCUUCCCAUUGUGCCAUAUAGGGCUCACUUUGUAUGGAGGUGAAUUGCCCAGCCAGCCGAGUUACUCAGGAACGGAUGAUCUCGGGUGUUGUAGAAAUCAAUAGUUUUUCCGGGUGAUUGUUUACGUAUAAUCGUAUAACGUACAAUCUGGUAACUCGCCUUGCUGAGGUUCCAUUGAGAGAGUCGAGGUCUCUCCUAUGGGACAUGAAUAAUUUUUCCCAUGUACUACUUUCCCAGCAUGCAUGGGUAACUUGGCAAAGCGAGAUAGAGUGCACAUACCUUGAUUUGAAAUAUACUGGUUCGACUAUAUCUUUUCUCAAUCAUCCGCUUAUAAAUCGGGCUAAUUGUAAUACAGGAAAACGUCAUUAUUUUCCAAGUAUAUAAUUUUGCUGAAUAAUAUUGUAAAAGAAAAAAAUGCAGUCUAAACGGCCGCAAUAAUUUUGUUAAGCUAGACGAUUUUAUCAACAACUUUUAAUCACCCUUUGGGGUUUUUAUACCUAAGUGACCAAAUUCAAUACAUCCAUCAUGUAAACAACAUGCAGCCCCUAAAGAGAAAAAUCAAUUACGAUCACGCUCACAAAAUCUGCCGCGUGAGUCCACUCAGGGCCGUAGCUAUAGGGGGCUGUGACACCCCCCUGAAAACGUCUUUUCGGCAAAAUAACGGUUUUAUCGGCAAAUCGUUUCCGUAUAAGCAGCGAAAAUAUUGGAGUGCAUGGUUCGGAUGAAAAAGUAAUAUUAUUAGGAAAAAUUUGGCUAAAUUCACAAAAAUUACGCAAAAAGUUAACAAAUUUAGAUAUAAGUUCUUUGUAUGAUUGCAUGGCGAUAAAAUAUAUAAUAGUUUUGUUUGUGGAAUAAAUUUACGUGGUGUUUCCACAAACAAAACUAUUAUAAAUUUAUAUAUGUCCGGAAAAUUUUUGGUAUGUUCGGAAAAAUUUUGGUGUAUACGGAAAAAAAAUUUUGCGAUCUCCUUUGGGGAAAAAUAUUAAUUAGCAAAUUAAUGUCUGCAAAUUUGAUACUAUACCCCCUCCCCCCCUUCUUCCACUAUUACAUUAAGGAUGAGCUGUGAAAUAAUAGUCCUGAUAUAGCUUUCACAUUAAGUCCAACUGUAUUCAUUUUUGUAAAUGUCAGGUAGCGAAGAUGAUCGGUUCACCUCCUGGGUACAUAGGACAUGAACAAGGAGGUCAGCUGACAAAAGCUCUACGGGAAUGUCCUAAUGCUGUUGUUCUCUUUGAUGAGGUAUUAAACUUUGAAAUACUUAUAGUUUGAUCACAUGAAUGUAUGUUAUCCGACUAUACGCCAAACAACCGAACGAUAAACCAACAGAGCGACUGACUGAUUUAAUCGAUUGACUGGCUGAUUGUCUGGCUGAACGAUUGAUGACUGCCUGACUGAUUGAUUGUUUUAUUGCCGAUAUUUAGGUUGAUAAGGCUCAUCCUGACGUGCUCACGAUUAUGCUACAAUUAUUUGACGAGGUUUGCUUCUGUAACUCUAUACUAUAAUUGUUAGGAGCUAAAUUCUAAACGUUGUGUGAAAGCAUCCUUGGUGUUAGCAUGGAUUAUUAUAAUAGACUAUUAUGGUCUAUUAAUAUUCAUUGGUGUUUAUAUAUAGUUAGCUUCUAAUUGUUUACCUAUACCGGGUGGCCCAAAAAAAAGUACUCCUGUUUGAUUCGUAAUAACAUCUAAACAAGUAUAGCUUUUAAAGAGAAAUAACUUGCAUCAAAUAGAGGAAGGACUAACUUAGACUUUGAUAUAUUACAGUUGUAUUUCACUUAAAAAUUCACGGAGAUAUUAAUCUUUAAAUUGGGGAGGAUAUUUCUGGAUGUGUCUGAAAUAUGCAAAAAUCGGCGUAUCAAAUAUUAAUCAAGAUUUGCCCGACUGAAACAUGCACUAUUACCAGUAAAUAAAUGACACUUGACAAAUUGCUUAUUAUGAAACAAAGUAUUAUUAUAUCUACAAAAUACAAGCAAGAUUCAUUCGUCCGAAAUUCGCGUGUGUUCCUAGCACGAAUACGUUUCCUUAUUUCAUGAGACCACUGCAUCGCGAAGGAUCGUCAUUGGAUCGUUCGUAGUUCUGAAUUAGGGCAUGCUGUCACAACGGAAUUGUGAAGCUCUUCUAACUUCUGCAACGUUCUGAAAUCUUGUUAAGAACACCCAAACUCUUUUGCCGUUUCUUAAUCUUGGCAAGUUCAUGGAGUAAACUGAGAAUUAUAUGAAACACAAUCAAACCAUACAACUCCAUAAGACAUAACAAUUAAGCAACUCCCCAGAGACAUGCAACAUUUUUGGAACAAAACGUAACAAAAUAGUAGCGUUGAUACGGUGAUGUGUAUUUGCAAAAAGCAAUACCAAUAGUAGCGUUGAUACGGUGAUGUGUAUUUGCAAAAAGCAAUAUUAUUUCCUUCAAUAAAGAAUAUUCAUCCUGCUCUAGCCGAGAAAUAAUCUACUCAGUCUGUUUGAACCCAUUAAAAACAUAAAAAAAUUAGGCUAUUUAAGAAUACGAAAAAUUUAAGCGCCUGCCUUCCAUGGUCAGUCUUUCAUGUACAUUUAAGUUUGCAAAGAUCUAAUAUUAAAUACUUGCAUAAUUUGGAACGUUCAUAUUUCAGGAAACAAUGAGCUAAGACUUACAUGUAAGAUGUCUAAAUCUACGCCAUAUCCCUUACAAACCUUAACGAUAAUUCGCUGAAAUACAAGUUAGCCUAAUAUGUCAUUAAGCAAACAAACGCUGGAGUUAAUAUUGAUAUGCCGAUUUUCGCUAAUUUUAGACACAUUCCAAAAUAUGCUCCCCAUUUUUAACAUUAAUAUCUCCGUGAAUUUUUAAGUUAAAUACAACUGUAAUAUAUCAAAAUCUAAGUUAGUCCUUCCUCUAUUUAAUGCAAGUUAUUUCUCUUUAAAAACUUUACUUGUUUAGAAGUUAUUACGAAUCAAACAGGAGUACCUUUUUUUGGGCCACCCGGUAGAAUUUCUUAUUUUUGCAAACUCUACUGACUCUUCUUUCUGCGACUAAAUAGGUAGACGGAAACCGAUAUAUUAUUUCUAUAGAGGUUUAUAUACCCCAUCUAUCACAUAUAUUCUCUCUUUCCAUGCAGUAAAAAUGUAACCUGUCCUUUGAUUUCUUUCGUAUAGGGACGGCUGACUGAUGGCCAAGGUGAAACGAUCCAGUGCAAGGAUGCUAUUUUCGUGAUGACCUCAAAUCUAGCAAGCAAUGAAAUCGCUAAACAUGGUUUAAAACUUCGGAAAGAAGCCCGCAAAGUGAUCGAGGAACGAGAAGCAAAAACUGCAGGUAACGUGAUUAUAAAUAAACCCUUAUAUGCGAAGUUUCGCUCAUACAAUGAAUUAUUUUAGUAAGUAACUAUUUCAAAGAGAAACUUGGCAACUUUUAAAUGGAAAAUGAGGGAGAUUAUACAAUUACUCUUAUGGUUUCCGUGUUUGGAUGGCCUGAUCCAAACACGCGGGAAUGUUGCGAGAGUUAAGAAAAGCGCGCGAACGAGCCGAAAUUUAUUUAGUAGUUGUUUUAUAAAAUAACAACUUUCCGUGUUAAAAUUUCACUUUAAAAAAACUUCCACUUUAAAUUUCCGUGUUUGGAUGGCCUUAUCCAAACACGGGUUUCGACCAAUCAGAGCACGAAUUAUAUUAUGUUAUUUUAUAAUUAUAAAUGAUGGACGGAUGGAACAUUGGAAUUUUUGAGACCGUUUUCGAGUUUUCAAUGGUGAACAUGCAGCUCCGUAUCACUUACCUCAUCUAGUAACAGUUGUGUACGAUGCACGCAGACUUAUUUUUCAGAGGUUUUGGGUAUUUUGAAUAUAAAUUUAUCAAACAACGUGUUAAUAUGGUAGAUUUUGUCGGAGAAUGAGUGUCCGGUAUUAAACUGCACAUUUCUUGUUACAUUGUAGAUGGGAAAUCUGAGAUUGAGUUGUCUUCCGAACAUAUCGAAAUUUCAAGAAAAUUCAAAGAGGAAGUUGUCCAACCAAUUCUAAAGGUAUUAAAAUAAUCAGAACAUGCAACCUUCAGAAAAACACCUGAAUGUGCAUGGAGAACAUUCACUGUAAGAAUAAUUAAGAUUCUGAACAAUUUAUCCAUUGGAUCGUGGAUCAAUUAUUUACUUCUACAUGCAAACGUGAAAUCAAAGCUACAUGGCCUCCAGACCCACUUGCUCUAGCCUGGAGUGUUGUUGCCCAUAUUGUAACUUUGUCCGGCUCCCGAUGUGAAAUUUCUUCUUGACAUUUUCAAAUACUGCAUUUUAUUUAUAUAUAUUAGCUAUGUAUUAUACAGUCAAAAUUCCCACUUCCUCUAUAUAAUCUGCUGUCAUUUCGCUGCUGUAUUUUGUUCUGUAUUACUGCAUAGCGGUUGCUGAAUUAUGGAGAAAUACAGCGAUAUAAUUUAGUUUUCUUUACUUUUGUAUAUAAUUUACAAUAAUGGUAACAAAGGAUGCAUUUUUCGUUAGAUUCAUUGCAUGUUAACAUAAAAGUUGCAAAAUAUAACAUUUAUUGCCGUAUUUUCCUAUGAUAUGAUAACCGCCACAGCAAUACAGAACAAGAUACAGUAAAUGACAACAUACUAUAUACAUGUGGAAGUGGAAAUUUUCUUGUAUUUUGACUGUAAAACUGAUUUUGUACUAUCCUUUCUAGUUUCAUUUUAAAAGAGACGAAUUUCUUGGACGUAUCAAUGAGAUCGUCUAUUUUCUUCCAUUUUCUCAAAGCGAGUUAUUGAAACUUGUUGAAAAGGAAAUGCAGUACUGGAGCAAAAGGGUAAAAGUGAUAUCAUUUGUGUAAUACUAUAAAUGAUGGUAAUGUAAACGUUUAAGAAAACGUCGGAUUGAUAGGAAUGCGACCAGGGCCGUAGCGAAGAGGCUAAGGUGGUGGUGGUGGGGGUUACCGUAAUUUGUUAAAGACCAUGUCAAGUCCGUAAUGUAAACAAACGCUUUGUUUACAUAUUGAACUCAGUGCUACAGUUGUAAAAUAAGAUUAGAUAUAUAUUAUACAGAAUUUUUAACACUUUUCUGGUUCGCUAUGCUUCUAAAUGAAUAGAGACUAGAGAUUCAAUUCAAGAAAGUUCAAAAGUUACGAAAUAUUAAUAACAUUCCAACGGUCGGGUCCCGACCAUUGGAAUGUAAGCCUGCGCAGAACGUAUGCGCAGAACGGACUUUACAUGGUCUUUAAAUUUUUCGGUAACAUUUUCGUAAAUUUAUCAUCAUUUUUGCUAUAACUAUUACUUUGUAGUCAGAGCCACUCAAAUAUUUUCGCUGAUUACGAAAACAAUUUGCCGAUAAAUCCUUUAUUUUGCCGACAAGAUGUCGACGGCCCUGGAUGCAACUACCUGGAAAAUAUACAUGGAGAACGUCGAAUUUCCGAGCUUCCCGACGAAUUGGGCCUUCGCUCGAAACGUUCAAGUUUUCUUUGUAUUUUUCUGGUAGUUGUAUCCCUAUCAGUCCCAAGUGUUCUUAUCAUUGGCACUAUCCACACUGGCACAAACCGUUCAAGAUUGUAAACAUUUAGUUAAUAAUCUAGUAUAAGUUUGCACGCUUGGCAUGUGAUGAGUGAAGAUUGUUGUUCUCAAGCUUUAUUACUCAAAAAGUUUAGUCCCGCUCGGGGACUCAGGAGUAUUUUUUGGGUAAGUGAUUUGUUACAAUCCACUUGUAUUGUAGAACUCGGGUAUAGUUUUGCAAAUGUUCUGCAUGUUUGAGAUAUUAAUUGUUAUUUUUGGUCAAAUUUUUUACCCUUUUUAGCCAUUCCGAAGUUGAUGAAUGGACUGGGGACGAGUGCUAAAAAGUACCCAAAUUAAGAAAUGAACCAAAUCACCGAAACGACCACCUCAAAAUUAGUAAGUAUACAAAGUUUGAAGACGUUUACAUGAAUACCCUUCGAAUAAUAAUCUUUCGGAAAUUGUGAAAUUACUGAUUAAGGUUACAGGACACCUUUUUUGGCGUUUUGCGGAAAAUCGCUACUGCGCGCUCAAUAUCAGUCCGAUUUUCAUCAAAUUUUCACCAAAUGUUCUCCAGUGCAUGCAAAAUAUGGUAAAGUUGUAAAAUUAACAAACAAUAAAAUAAUGUAAGAAUUAUUCAGGAAAAUCUUAAAUCGCGGUACCGUUACGCUUUUGAGUUAUGUUCCUGCUGGUUUUAAGUUAUAUUUAUGAAAAUAUAAUUUUUAUACAGUAAAAUAGUUGUUCUAAAAAAUCGUGUUCGGAAAUUUUUGUUUAUUUCGUCAUUCCGCUGAUAUGGCGAUUUCUUUGACGACUGCAAUAUAUUUCUGAAUUGUUUUAGUAAAUUGCUCUUUAUUUUUAAAAUAUUCAAAAUUAAAGAAAGGCCGAACACGAUUUUGAAACUGACGUCUUUAGCUAUGCCCUGUGAAAAUUUGAGAAAAAUUGGUUAAAACCCGCGGGAGCAUAACUCGUUUGAAAAUCAGUAAUUACCGUAAAAUUUUUCGGGAGAAAAUUGAAUUUGAAUAUUACAUUUUCAAUGUUUUUCUUAUUGCAGCGAAAUGUAUUUUAUUAAAUAACUCUGCGAGUUUUCAACAUUUUCCGUUCAAACUUGGUCAGAUAGUAGAACUAGUCUAAUGCUUUCAUGGAAACCAAUAAAAAAAUUUUAGGCAAAAUUAACACUCAAAGGUGUUCUGUAACCUUAAAAGACUGUUUUGGGGACGCGCGUCCCCCCAACAAAAAUUACAGUACAUUUCACAGUAAAUAUCGAAAGCUUAUUAUUCGAAGGGUAUUCAUGUAAACGUCUUCAAACUUUGUAUACUUACUAAUUUUGAGGUGGUCUUUUUAAUGAUUUGGUUCAUUUCUUAAUUUGGGCACUUUUAGCACUCGUUCCCAGUCCUGUUAUCAACUUCGGAAUGGCUAAUUACAUUGCGCUUGUCGUGGACGUCUUCAAGACUGUAGGGAGCUUAAGCAUGCAAGACGGCAACACGAGGACGACGGCCAAAACAAAUUCCUUCAAAUAAAUUAUAGUAAAGAAAACUUGUCGUAUAUUAUAAUUCGUAUGAAUUUAUUACAGUAUAAGAAGCUGAAAACAUUGACUUUAUGUUCGUGAAGAGCUAUAUUGACCGAAUUUUAAGUUGCACUUGUUACGCCUUGAAAUGCAGGCGUUGUAUAAAAGACGUGAAAAUCUGUGAUUUGCCGUUGUAAACAGAGCGACGACCACGUCUGAAACUCCCCUGGGACUUUAAUUAUUUAUUCACUUUUCACUGACUCAUUGUAUUGGUUGCCGUCGUCGUCGUGUUGCCGUCCUACUUAAGCUCCCUUGUGCUUUCACGACGUCGCCUUUGCAAGGAACAAAUUUGUGUAAAAGAUGCAGUAUAAACUGUUCGCCAUAUUAAUUUCAGCUGUUGGUUUAUUGAGGAGCUGCAAAAGUGAACGGAAAUUUUUCGAUUUAUAUUUCAGGCAUUACAGCGUCAUGACAUUCACUUGAGCUGGGAUAAGGAAGUUUUGGCUUGCAUGACUGAUGGUUACGAUGUUCACUAUGGAGCAAGAUCACUAAAAUACGAGGUAAGAUACCGCGAUGAUUGCUGGGCCUAAAUUCACACAUCAUGCCGAGACAUUUAUCCAGGCGGCCGUCCAACCGUCCUAUGGAUGGCCACUUUUUUAGACAGCUAAUUCUGAAUAAAUGGCCAUGAACGGACUGAGAAACAGCAACUCGCAAGCUUUGCAAUAUUUCUUGAAUACCUUAAAUACGUUUGUCACUUAUGUCGACACUGAAUGAUGAGUAUAUGACAAUUGAUUUCAAGUGCUAUGAUAUGCCACCCCCACGGUAUUUUUGGCGACCAUGCAGCUUUGACACUCUGGCUAAAAGCCUGACAGCAUGCACAUUUAUACAUUUUUUAGGGUUUUUCGUAACUGAAAAUAUAUAGCUGAAUAACAUGAAUCUACAAAACUCGUAUAUAGCAUCUCCCUCCUCCCCUAGCUCUUUCACACUUUUUAACCUUCUCAAACUGUAUAUAAUUCAUCCAAUGCAUUGUUGAUAGAAGGCAUGAUUUUACAUACAAUUACAAAAUUAUUUCAAUUCGUUUGUUUGGCGCCCUUGAUUACGUGGGGUGUGGGGGGGGGGGGGGGGGGGGGGGGGGGGGGUGCAAACAACUUUUAAUACAUGCAGUUGUAUAUUUGUGAAAGAAGCACUCUGUUAAUAAAUAAUUAACAAUUUGAGUAGCAUGUUAUUUAUAAUUUAAAGCUUAUAAAGAUGCUUAAAACAAAUAUAAGUAAAGUUAUUAGGUAGGUGUACAUGAUAAAGAAAAUAUCAUCAGUGAUAUAUAGCGUGGUUUUUCUAAAACUUCUAGAGAAAAGGAAUGAAUGCUUUCAUCAUACUAGACAGCAUUUAUUAAUGCCUCGCGGAUGCACCGUUUAGAUAACACGACUAUUUCACAAUCUAUUUUCAGGUUGAAAGAAAAAUAGUGAAUCAGAUAGCGGCAGCACAUGAACAGGACAUGAUAUGCAGUGGGGAUGCAUUGCAUGUGACUGUCAAAUACGAUCAUAACGAAGAUCGAACUGUAGUAUCACCAAAGAUAGUUCUUGAAGUUAUUGAAAAUGAUAAAGAAAAGAGAAGGAUUGAAGUGGGUGAUUAUUAUUCACCAGAACAUACUGCACUUUUUUGAUCAGAACAUGUGAGGUGGGGAUGGUUAUACAAUAUGGAAUGUACUUAUAUACAUCCUAGCUCCCGGGCACUGCCAGGAUUCUACACAAGGCUGGGAAUAAUCCUCACAGAGUAGCUGCUCCACGUUAGCCAGCGAAUACGGCCGCCUGAUUCCAUAUCCUUUUUGCGCUAGUGAAGAGACAGACCAGGGUCAUGACGAUGUCAUUGUGAACCAUGUUGUUAAAUCUUGCAAUAAAUCCUUGAAUGAUGGGAAUUUAAUGAGUUUGAUGUUGGAUCAGGUUCGACUUCAUUCAAAAUUUUCAUCCAACAUUGAUGGACCAACAAUGAUUGUAAAGGGGCUUCACACUAUUUUUAAAUAUUAAAAUCUUUACGGACUGCAGAGAUACAGGAAAUUGACACCGAUGUCCAUUUUCAAUAUUUAUUCUGAUAAAUAUACGUGUAGCUUUACAUAAACAGAACAAAACAGCCAAAGAGUAUUUUUGAAUACAGAAAUUGAGAUAUCUACUUGAACAAUUGUUUCUACUACUGCACGGUUAAAGACUGGAACGUUCGUGGAGUAUGAUUAUUCGAAGCCAAAAUUUGUACUUUUGAAGGCUGAUUAUACAUGAGGAUUUUUCAGCUCCGGUGGUUUCUUAAUGUUUUGACAAGAAACAAAUUAUCUUUCCACAUUUCCAUACAUAUAAACAACCGGGCUUAAAAGUAUCCAAUGCAAUUAGCCUCUUAUUAACGGAAGAUUGUUUCGUGAUAGUCGUGCAUUGUGGUAACGAUCGAAUGAUGUUUCAUAAAAUUCAUUAUUAGUCAUUUUAAGAUAAAGUUUACAGAGCUUCAAUUGCCGUGGGAGGACUGAAGAUGAUAAUUCUUAAUUGGCUUCGAAUAUCUUUUUCGAGGUUGUGUUCCAGGUCAUUUUGAGUUCAAUUAUAUCUUAGUUUUGGUAAUAUUAGAAUGCAUUAACGGUUAUAUUUCCCAUCUUGGUUGACAGUUAAAGAUAACUAAACAUCAAAUAAUAUGAUGGUAAAUAUUGUAGGUAAUGUAGUGUAUUUAUCAAGCCUUUAGUAAUGCGUGUACAACAGCUUUCGCAUUCAAAUUUCUUAGAUCAGUAUAGGUUUGGCCAGUUCCAACAAAUACAAUUGGCUGUCCUGUUGUGUAUGUCAUAGAUAUAGCGGCACCAACCUAAAACAACAAAGUGAACAAAGAGGUUGUAGUGAAGGAUCAAACCUU